AUGCGCAGAUUUGCUAGAGCGCUCGAAGAGUUCGUGGCGCUGGCCAAGGACUUUGCUGUUGUUUAUUCCACCUCCCGCUCUCCGUUGAUACUGCGAGACACAGCCCGUGUAUGUAUCCUCGACUCCCUGUUCAACCCACCCCACAUGGCCCACUACGCCUUGGCCCGUGAAGCAUUGCUGUAUCGUUUUGGGGAUACGCAUCUUGAGAAAAACCAAUUGCUGCUUCUAUUACUUUUGCUGGUCAAAAAUGCGGACAAGGUGGACCCUCAGCCGGCUUCAUUCGAGCACAGACUUGAUAUGAUGCACCUCAUGGCCGACUAUUUGCACGACAACCUCAAAGUGGAUGUCAGCAUAGGCCUCACGCUGCACGCCAAGUUUGUGGAUAAGCUGGUGUCGAUAAUGAAUGACAUACGGGAACGGCUGCCUGAGAGUGACGUCAAGUUGACUUUCCUCGUAGGCUUCGACACAUUGCUUAGGAUCUUCGAUCCCAAAUACUACUUGCCGGACAAGUUGCUGGACCUGCUUGACGAAUUCAUGAGAACGACGGAUUUGUUCUGCUUGACAAGGCAGGACAACGUCAUUUCGUACCAGAACCAGGUGGACUACGUGCGUAGAAUCCGCCACGGCAAGAUCGCCCAUAUCCCUCAGGCGUGGUCCGAAGCCGUUCAUAUCUUCAGUUUCGAAAAGCAGGAAGACGUUGAAACACUAGGGUCUGUCAGUUCUUCAGCGGUUCGCAAGGCUAUAGCUGAGGACCCUCACCAGGAGCUCCCACUUAUCCCCCAGAUCAAGGACUACAUUUUGGAAAACAAACUAUAUCAAUAG